CCCAUGCCGGGGUCCCCGCCUGCCCCGCGGGGAGGAGGGUCGGCUCCCGGAGCGAUGCUUUGGGAGGGAGGGGGAGGCCUAAAGGGGACCCCCAUCUCUUCCCAAGGCUGGGAUGCAGGGGAGAAGGCUUACAGCAUUUCUGGGGUGGUCUCUUCAGCACCUUUAGCACAGCAAUGCUAUUUUUCCGCUAGAUAGGGGCUGGGAUGGGGGCAGGAGGGGGGAUACAACCAUAAAUCCCAGCAUUGACCCAAUUUAUCAGGGAGGUACCAAAUCCUUCACAGCUGUUUUUAUUGCCUGCCCAGAAAUGCACCUGAUUUGGCUCUUUCUGUGAUGACCAGAUGCAAUAAAUUGGAAGAACAUCCUGGGCACCCGAGUCAUCCAUGGCUCUGGGCAGAGAGACCACUCAACUUCAGACUGCACCCCAAGGGAUGGAGUUCAUGACCAACAGAGAUGUGAUGUGCAAGCAGUGUAGGGUCCAAUUCAUUCUGCCAGUAGACCAUGCUGGGCUUGCUCCAGUCCACGGGUCUCUCACAGGACAAUCAGUGAAUGGGCAUUGGCUUGGAAGAGGCAAGAGCAAGGCGGAGAACAUCUGCUCAUGGACAUCUGAGGCACAACCUGGUACGACGUGGAAAGCCCGUCUAGCCCACAGGAUGCUUGUGAAGCUGUAAAGCCCACCUAAGCCAUGGGGCAUCCUGCAUCCCUCCCACAUGCUGCUCCCUCCUCACCCACAACAGCCUCUCCUGGCCAGGCUGGCUAGUACCUCCUGGAUUAUGGGGCCAGAUUUCCUAAGGUCAGCAGAGUUUGCCUGAAAAAUCCAACUGACUUUUGCCCUUUGGUAACAAGGGCUGGCUCCCAGCCAGGACCUAUGUCCUAGACUUUGAAGAGAUGGAGAGGUUGUACCUGGAGCCAAGCCUUUGUGUGAGCCCUGAGUGGGUGGGGUGGCCGUGGAACAUGCUAUAAAGAAGCAUUAAGGAGCUGAACAAACAAUGCAAGCUGAAGCAGAGGAAGGAGAAGCAAUAUGGGAGAGCUUCAUGUCCGCUCCCUUCUGGUGACUGGGGCCAACCGGGGAAUUGGCCUGGAGCUUGUGCAGCAGUUCCUGGGGAUGCCAAGCCCACCCACGUGGGUGUUUGCAGCUUGUCGGGACCCCAAGGGACAGCGAGCGCAGGAGUUACUGAAUUUGGCCUCCAAGCACCCCAACCUGGUCAUCAUCCCACUUGAAGUCACUGACCCUGCCAGCAUCAAGGCAGCUGCAGCCAGAGUUGGGGAGCACCUGGCAGGCUCGGGGCUGAACCUCCUCAUCAACAACGCUGGAAUUGCAAAGGCGAGCUCACUUGAUAACGAGACGCUGGAGAACAUGACCCAGAUUUACACCACCAACACAGUUGGGCCCCUGUUGCUGGGCCAGGCGUUCCUGCCCUUGCUGAAGAAGGCUGCCCAGGGGAGCCCAGGCUCAGCACUGAACUGCAGCAAGGCAGCCAUCAUCAACAUGUCCAGCUCUGCAGGCUCCAUUGAGGAAGUCUUUUUAUGGAAUUAUGGACAAGUUGUCUCAUACCGCUGCAGCAAGGCUGCUCUGAACAUGCUGACCAAGUGCCAGUCCCUGGGGUACCGGGACCAUGGUGUCCUCUGCGCUGCUCUCCACCCUGGCUGGGUGCAAACCAACAUGGGGGGCUCAGGAUCACAAAAGGUAAGAGAGCUUUUGGCCAGGGUCUGGAAGAACCUUUUUAUUUGCGAAUGCAGAGCUUGCUGUGGAUUGAACAGUCCCAGACAUGCUGGGCUCUGGGGGAACUCUUUGGCAGAUACCCUGAGCUGGAGGCGCAUGAGGGAAGGAGAGACAGGGAACUCUUCUUGCCCUGUGCUGGCCUCUCCUCACUCACUCCAGAGACCCCCAAGCCCUGAGCAAUGAUCUACUCCGGGGCAGACCUUAGCCAGGUCUUUGACACGUGGCUGUGUUUCUCCUUGUGCCCCUGCAGCCCCCUAUGAGAGUGGAUGAGAGCGUGCGAGGGAUGCUGAAGGUGCUCUCCUCCCUCUCCGAGAAGGAGACUGGGACCUUCCUGGACUGGGAGGGGA